AUGAAAAUUAAGCUUAAAUUUUUUAAUGCAUGGGGAGAAUUGUAAAAUAUCAUUAUUGAAAUAUCAUCUAAAGAAACUGUUUAAGCUUUAAGAUUUUAAAUCGAAAGAACAACUUAAAUUGAAGUAGAUGAUCAAAAACUUUAUAUAGUUCAUAAUAGAGAAAUGAAAGAAAUAUGUAAAUGUGAAUAUUUAAGUUAAAUUAAACUUCUUAAUGAGGGAGUUUUAUUUGUUAAAAAUAACUAAGAUUCAUUUAGUGUUAGAGCAUCCAAAAUUUAACAAAAUGAUUCAUUCGAAUCAUUGAAUUAAAAUACUGCUUCAACUCUAAAAAAGUCAUUUCCCAAUUCAUUUUCAUAAAAGGAUAAGAAUAUUAUUUACAAUAGUUUUCUUGCAAUCUAAAUUGAUUAAUUUUAUGAAUAUAUAUAGAAGAAUAAUUUUGAAGAAGCUAAAACAUUACUUUAUUAGCAUCUCGAAUAAAAAGAGUUUUUCUUGAAUGAUAUUAAUAUCUUUGGUUGGUCAGCUUUACAUCUUUCAGUUUUAGUUGGUUGUGAUAAACUAUUUUUAUUAUUAUUAAAUGAAGGAGCAAACAUAAAUUUGCAAACUAAAGAUGGCUGGGAUUGUCUAUCUUUAUCUGUUUGCCUAAGACAUAAAACUAGUAUUAAUAUUCUUAUUAUUUAAAGUAAUAUGUUUACUACUUGCAUAAUAAAAAUUAGAUGUAAAUCAACUAAAUAAGCAUGGAACAGCUUUACAUAUAGCAGCUUAAAAUGAUGAUAUUGAAAUUGCUUAAUUAUUACUCAAUCAUCCUAAGAUAGAUAUUAAGUAAAAUAUCUAUUCAUCAAAUAGUAUUUCAGAUUAAAAUAAUAAAAGACCUAUUGAUAUUGCACGCAAUAAAGUAAAGUAACUUUUAAAAUAUGAAAAUGAAUAAUAAAUUACUUAAACUCAUAGAACCUCAUUUAUUUCCUCUAUGAUUGGAAUUAGUUUAGACAAUCUGGUAAAGGAUGUAAAUUUUUAUCAAAUUACUUAGAGACUUUCAUAAUAAAUAAACCAUAACGACCACCAAUAUUAAAAGGGAAGGUUUAUAAAGUUAAUUAUUUUAAAUUGAGAAUGUACGAACGAUACAUUAUUGUAGAUCCAGAUACUGACACUAUAGCUAAAUUUAAAAAUAUUUAAGAUAUUCCAAGAAAUCCUAAGUAAUCUACUAAUAUAUAUUAAAAGUCAAAUUAUUCCUUUAGAGAGUAUACAUGAUAUAAAAGUAUCUAAAGAUGAAUGGUUUUAGGAAGAAGAUUAUUUUUAUUUAGAAAUCAAAUACUUUUCAAAACACAUUUUUAUAGCUUUAAAAACUUAAGCAGCAGCUAGAAGAUGGUAUGAAGGAUUAAAAAAUUGUGUUGGUUAUUCUAGAUACAUUAGAUAGAAUAUAAAAUCAAUUGAAGAAUAAAAAAAUGCCUUAAGAGCAUUUGCAUUAAUGAUGGCAAAACCAAAUUCUAUUAUUAACAUUGAAGAUGGCAUUUUGGAAGAUAAUUUAGAGUUUAAAUAAAAAUAAAUAAUUAAUAAAAAUAGAUAAAAUUCUGAUUUAAAUAGUGUUACUGAAGAAGAUUCAGAAAUAGAUAUUAUUAUAGAAUAGAGUAAUUCUUAAAGUCUUUAAGAUAAAAUAAACCUUUCUAGUUUUUAAAUAAUAGAAAUGAUUGGUAAAGGAAGUUUUGGAAAUGUAUACAAAGCUAAAUAUAAACAUAUCAAUUGUGCUAUAAAAUAAUAAGAAAAAGAUAAACUAAUUAGAAAUGGUUUUCUUAAAUAUAUAAUUUCUGAAUUAUAAAUUCUGAGAUAAAUAAGACAUCCAUUUAUUGUAAAAUUGUUUCUAUCAUUCUAAGUAUUAUAAUUGAAAUUAAUAAGACUUAAAUCUAUUUGUAUAUAGUGACAGAAUUAUGCCCUGCAGGAGACUUAUCAAAGUAUAUGACAAGAGGGUAAAUUUUGAAUGAAUAUACAGCUAAAUUUAUUAUAGCCUAAAUAAUUUUAGCAAUUGAAUAUCUACAUUAAUAACAAAUUAUUUAUAGAGAUUUAAAACCUGAAAAUAUUUUAAUUGAUUAAGAUGGAUAUAUUAAACUUACUGAUUUUGGAUUAUGUAAAUAAUUUGAUGGAGAUGACUUUACUGCGACUAGUUUUUGUGGUUCUCCUGCUUAUCUUCCUCCUGAAUUAGUUGCAGGAGGAGUUUCAUAAAAAGCAACAGAUAUUUAUUAAAUUGGUACUGUCCUAUAUGAAAUGUUAACUGGUUAUCCACCCUUUUAUUCUCAAGAUUUAAAAAGUAUAAUGGAAAAAAUCAAAUAUGGUAUUAAUAAUUAAAUUGUUAGAAUCAUUAUUUAUACCAAAAAAUUUAAGUUUAGAAGCAUAAGAUCUUUUAAAAAGGAUGCUCAAAAAAGAUCCUUAAGAAAGAUUAGGAUUUAAUGAUGUUUCUGUAUUAAAGAAACAUAUUUUCUUUGCUGAAAUUGAAUGGGAUAGACUAUAUGCAAAAUAAUAUAAGCCUCCUCAUCUUAUUCUUUAUUCUCAACAUAAUGUUUCUAGAAAUGGAUAAUAGAUAACCAAAGAAGACAAUGUAAAAAUUAGAAUUUAAUAAUUAGAAAAUUAUAGAUAUAGAUUAUUAAGAUGGUGAUAUGAAAUUCAACUUUAUAGAUAAUUGGGAUUCAUCCUAUAUAUGA